CGUUGGUAUGAAUCUGCACAUAUUGUUUCUGUGCAACAAAUGUACUGUACCUGUCGAUAUUUUUGUAAAGAGUAUAUAUGCAAACAUUUGGUUGGUCUCAAAAUUCUAUAUGGCAUACACAAAUUACUACAUAGAACUAUGCAUUCUUUUUCAUUAAGGGAAGCCAUCAAAACUAUGAACGGAUCAUUCGAAUCAUUUGUAGAAUAAUGUGAAGCGCUCCUCUGUGAUUUUUGUAGAAGAGAGAAAAUAUAUAAAAUCUAUCUUUUCUUAUCCAUUUUAUUAAGGAUGCACCAAACCCAAAAUCAUAUUUGGGUUUUGUACCUAGAUAGUUUGGAUUUGUGUCGGAUUUGUGUUUGGUGGGUUUGUGUUUGGUGGGUUUGUGUUUGGUGGGUUUGUGUUUGGUGGGUUUGGGUUUGGUGAAGAUUUGGGGUUUGUGACCCCAAACAGUUCGAGUUUGGUUUGGUCACCAAACCCAACGAAAGUCUUAUUAUCGUUAGUAAGCUGCUAGACAUAUGCCUAUAAUAAAUUUCAGUCGAUCACCUUAUUCUUACAUACCUGUCAUAGUAGAAUACAUUCUUGCUUACGUCUUUCGUCGACCUUCGUCCUUGCUCUUAAAUCGAUCGAGAAAGAGGAAGACAAAAAAGCGUUCUCAAUUCUCCCUUUCCGCUAGAGCGUUUGCUUCAUCAUAAAACGCACUAAGAGAGACUAUAUGUGUUCGAGCAAUUUCUUCUCUUGGUCUGAAUUAUUUUUUCGCAGUAAAACUAUUUAUGACACAUCUUCAGUCAUUCUAUUUUGAAAUGAAUAGUAGUAUUAGUAUAGUUUUUCUACGGCUUAUGGCUUCACAAGUUAGACUAAGAAAUACAAUUUAGUUACAGUUGGCAAUUCAGUUGGCAGAAUAAUGUAUCACUGCCGUCAAUUUACACAACUUUAACGUGUGUAUAUAGUAAUGAGCAGUAGUUUCUAUUGAUACAUCAAAUUUUUCUUUUCUUUUGUCCAUCCACUAAAAGGAGUAGACUUAUGUACAAUACAUAUUUCUUUCUGUAUAUUCCAAACGUCCACGUCCUUUUCUUUUCAUAUGUUGUAAUCAAUGUUGUGCGUAUAAAAUCAAGAUCAAAACUAUCUUAUUAUUUGCUUGUUUUUAAACAGUUUUUAAACAUAACACAUACGAAUUUUAUUUCGUACAUUUGCGUCAUUUGUUUUACAUAUUAAAUAACGAAGGAGUAGGUUUGUUAAUAAACGAAUAUGGUGAACACUCGCAGUUCAAGCGCUACUUCAAAAGCAAGAAAUGAUACAUCUCAGGCCUGCCCGUCUAGCCCAGUAUUUUCUUGUCGAUCCAAUCCGCAUAGUGAUAUAAAUGUACUACUUAAAGUUGAUAACACUGCGAAGUAAUUUGCUACUUCGACCUCAAAACUAUCAUCUGCCAGAGAAAAUGAACAAACUGGUAUAAAGCCAGCAUCUAAAGUAUGGGAAUAUUUUAAUCGCGUUGAAAAUGAGGCUUCGUUACAAGCCGAAUGUAUUAUUUGUAAACAACGUUUAAAAACGCCGAGUUAUAGCACAUCACCCCUGGUUAAACAUUUACUAAAACAUGGUAUUGAAUAUGAAAAAGGCGGUAUGUUAUGUGCAAGAACUUCAGCAAUGUCAAAAGAACAGAAAAGAAAAUUGGAUGAUCCAGCCAUUAAAGCAAUAGUGCAGGGUGGUCGAUCGUUUGGUGACCUCCGAAAACUUGGAAUUUCAAAGUUUAUUCAACAAUGCGCACCGACCUCUGACUCACACUGUACGUCUUACAAUGUCGACAAAAAACGUCAACGGAGAAAUGAAACAAAGAAAGUUACACAAUUAAUAUUAGUACCAACAGACACUGACUCUGAUGAAUCAAAUAAAGAACAAGAACAAUUAGCCCUAGUGAAUGUACUGAACUAA